AUGUUCUUCCUCUACAACAUGGAGCGCAGGGUGACCCUGCAUCCGUCCUACUUCGGCCGCAACAUGCACGAGCUUGUUACUAGCAAGCUGCUGAAAGAUGUCGAAGGCACCUGCGCCGGCAGCUACUACAUCAUCUCCAUCAUGGACACGUUUGACAUUUCCGAAGGCAAGAUCUUGCCAGGCAACGGACUUGCAGAGUUUACGGUUGGCUACCGUGCCGUCGUGUGGCGGCCGUUCAAAGGAGAGACGGUUGAUGCCGUUGUCUACUCCAUCAAUCCGCAGGGUUUCUUCGCCCAGGCCGGCCCGCUCAGACUCUUUGUGUCUGCCCAUCUGAUACCUAGCGACAUCAAAUGGGAUCCCAACGCGACCCCCCCUCAAUUUACCAACAACGAAGACACCGUCAUCGAGCCGGGCACGCAUGUGCGCGUCAAGAUUAUUGGCACGCGAACAGAAGUCGGCGAAAUGUGGGCCAUUGGAAGCAUCAAGGAGGACUACCUAGGGUAUGCUGGAUGA